CGAUGGUGCCAUCAAUAUUUCUCCACCUCUAACGUGCUGCUCGUUUUUGUAGAGAAAAAUUGUGCAAAAAGUGCAAAAACAAAUAAUUUAACGAUUGCAAACGAAUUCAGAAUAUUAAAAAGAGGAAUACAGACCAUUUAACAAGAAUGUCGAACGCAGACGUGCAGUAUAAUCAGGGAUUUGGCCAGGCACAGGGCAACAAUGAUGACUACAACGAUGAUAAUGAUCAGCAGCAGGAGGACGAUGAUCAGUAUGAUAACGAUCAAAACGAUGGCGACGAUGAGUCCAAUGUAAAGAUCGGAAGCGUCGGCGAAAGUCCCAAAUUCAUAAGACUUCGUGGUCUUCCCUGGUCGGCUACCCACAAGGAGAUUCUUGACUUUCUGGUGAACGUGGAGGUGAUUAAUGGAUCACAGGGCAUUCAUCUGGUCACCAGCCGUGUGGAUGGCAAGAACACCGGCGAGGCUUAUGUUGAGGUGUCUACGCAAGAGGAUGUUGAGGAGGCGCGUAAACUCAACAAGGCAAGCAUGGGACAUCGCUACAUUGAAGUAUUUACGGCCACGCCAAAGGAGGCGAAGGAAGCGAUGCGCAAGACUGGAGGACAUGGUCAUGCUUUUGUGGUGAAGCUCCGAGGUUUGCCUUACGCUGUUACCGAGCAGCAAAUCGAGGAGUUUUUUGCCGGGUUGGAAAUCAAAACGGAUCGGGAGGGCAUACUUUUUGUUAUGGACAGAAGGGGUCGUGCUACUGGGGAAGCUUUUGUUCAGUUCGAAAGCCAGGAUGACACUGAACAAGCCUUGGGCCGAAAUCGGGAAAAAAUUGGGCACAGGUAUAUUGAAAUCUUUCGCAGCUCUAUUGCUGAAAUGAAGCGUGCCACGAAUGGUGGAGGCGGGGGCGGCGGACGUCCUGGACCUUAUGAUAUACGUGAUCGUGGCGCCAAUCGAGGCGGCAAUGAUUUUGGCGGACGCAAUGACUGGGGAAACAACGGCAAUUUUGGUGUAGGCGCUAACAACAUGUUGGGCUUCAAUAAUCUGCCCAGUUUAAUGAACUCUGGCAACUUUGGCAACAGCUCCGGUGGAGGCGGUAACAAUGGAGGUGGUGGCAAUGGCGGCGGCAACAAUGGUAAUUUUGGUCAAAACUCUGGUAAUUUUGGCAAUUUCGGCAAUGAUUUUGGCGAUUUUAACAAUUUCGGAAACAACCGCAACAACAACAAUGGCAACAACUUCGAUAUGCCUGGUAAUUUUGGUAACAACGGCGGUGGUGGAUUUGGAAACUUUGGCAACAAUUCUGGCGGAGGCGGUGGCUUCAAUAAUGGCGGCGGAGGAGGCUCUGGAGGCUUCAACAAUGGAGGAAACAACGGUGGUUUCAAUAAUGGUGGAAGCUCCGGAAGUUUCAAUAAUGGCGGUAAUAGCGGAGGCUUCGGUAACUUUGGCAACAACUCCAGCGGUGGCGGCGGCGGUUUUGGCAACAGCGGAUUCAACAGUGGAGGCGGCGGCAGCGGCUUCAACAACGGCGGAGGAGGCGGUUUUAAUAAUGGAGGCAAUGGCGGCGGCUUUAACAAUGGUGGCGGUAAUUUUAACAAUGGCGGCGGCAACUUUGGAUCUGCUGGCGGCAAUUUCGGCCCCAUUGGCGGCGGUCGCAAUAACGACGUCGAGUAUUACACGAUCCAUAUGCGUGGUCUGCCCUAUAACUCAUUUGAAAACGAUGUGUUCAAGUUCUUCGAUCCCAUUCGUCCAGCAAAUGUGCGAAUCAAUUACAACAAGAAGGGUCUGCACAGCGGCACAGCUGACGCCUAUUUCGAUACGUACGAUGACUCACAGCUGGCGAUGAAGCGUCACCGCGAGCAGAUGGGUUCCCGCUAUAUUGAGCUUUUCUAUGAUGGCAAGACUCGAGGUGGAGUCAAUGUCGGUGGCGGCGGCGGUGGUAAUGGAGGCGGCAACGGCGGAGGUGGUGGUGGUGGUGGCAUUGGAAUCGGAGGCGGUAACAAUGGCGGUGGUGGCGGAGGCUUCUCACGUCGCAUUUGAGCGCAUCUUUCAGAUUAAUUCCUUACAUUUACAUUCGGUAAUGUAAACGCAAGUAUUUCAUAAGUUUUGUGGAUCACAUCCGCUUCCGUCGAGCACACCUCACCACCAGCAUAUACAAGACAGAUUGACAAUGUCGGGUCGGUAGUGCAUAGAAUUAAACUCUUCGAACGCAUAAAACAUGAAAAUGAAACAAGUAUAACGCAUAAAUCAAAUAGUUUAUGUAUAUUUAAGCAAACCUGUAUCUAUAUAAUCGAAAUGGUGUACACUUGUACUUAUGGUAAUCGCAGAUGUCCAAGAACCAGACAAACAAUAUGAUCUUUAAGCGCAGCGUCAAUUUCCCUUAUUUCCAAAACAAUCAAUAUCAAGACAUGACAAAACUAAAUAAUUAUAAUAUAGAAAAAACAAGAAAAGAAAACAAAAAGUAAAAAUUGUAAACAUUUGUAAUACAAUAAAGAUGAUAAAACAGAAAA